AUGAAGACUCUCUUUAUCUCCCAAGACCUAUGGGAUUUAGUAGAGAAAGGUUAUACAAAAACUGGUAUUUCUACAAACACACUCAAAGUGUUUCGAAAGAAAGAUGCCAAGGCUUUGUUUUUCAUUCAACAAGCUGUGGAUGACUCCAUCUUUCCCCGAAUUGCUACUGCAACAAAGUCGAAGGAUGCUUGUGAUGCAUUGCAGAAUGGGUAUCAAGGUAAUGCCAAGGUAUUGACCAUCAAACUUCAAACUCUUCGCAGAAAUUUUGAAAGUUUGAUGAUGAAAGAAGAAAAUUUCGUGAAAAUUUAUCUGAUCAGAAAGUUGUUGAAAAAAUCUGAGAAGUAUGAUUAUGUGGUGGCUGCUAUAGAAGAAUCUAAGGAUUUAAGUGUGCCAACGGUUGAUGAAUUACUUGGCUCAUUGCAAUGUCAUGAAGAAAAGAUGAAAAGAUAUAAAGAAAAUUCUAUAGAAAAUGCAUUUCAUACUAAAUUGCAGUUUCCUAAAGGCAAAACAAGUGGUGUGACUAAUGAGUCUGCUGGCGAGGGUUCAACCACAAGAAGGCUUGGAGGGCAGUUUUUCCAUGGGAGAAGAGGUGGUCGAGGUGGUGGACAUUCAAGUAACAACUACCAAUAUCAUAAUGGAAAAGAAGUUGAAGCUGGUAAUGAAGAAUGUGCGCCAGAUGAUUGGUAUAUUGAUAGUGGGUGCAAUAAUCACAUGACACCCAAUUUGAAAGCCUUCAUUAGCUUGGAUAAAUCCAUAAAAAGCAAAGUGAAGAUGGGUGAUGGAACCAUAUGUUCAGGCCAUGGCAAAUGUAAUGUAAAGCUGAAGUCAUGUGGAAUGGACAUCAUAUACAAUGUUUUGUAUGUUCUUGAUUUAAAUACAAAUCUGUUAAGUGUGGGGUAA